AUGCCCAACAUUGUGGAAGCAGGUGGUGUCCCACCUGCAUCAUCUGUUGUUGCGAAGCGGCCGUUGGAUGGUAAGAGAGCGAUGACUUUGGAUCAGCUUGAGGAGGUCCGUGAAGCCUUUGCAUUGUUCGAUAGUGACAACUCUGGUUGUAUAGAUGCUAGGGAAAUCAAGGCGGCUAUGAGAGCGUUAGGAAUAGAAGAUGUUAGUAAGGAUAUGGUGGGCAGAAUGUUGGCAGAUGUUGGUAAACAUCCCAGUCAGACAGUUACUCUAGAUGAGUUCUGUGAUAUGAUGGCACCUAAGAUGGCAAGCAAAGACUCCAGAGAGGAGAUUAUGAAAAUAUUCAAGCUCUUCGAUGAGGAUAAUAUAGGUAAGAUAACCUUCCGAAGCCUGAAGAGGGUCUCAACGGAAUUGGGGGAGAACAUACCAGACGAUGAGUUGAUGGAGAUGAUUGAGGAAGCCGAUCGAUCAGGCGAUGGGACCAUCUCUUUUGAUGAAUUUUAUCGGGUCAUGCGACGGAAUACCAACGGUAGCGGGUGCUUAUUGGACGAUUUCGACUCUGACGAAGACCUGUAA